AUGGCCUAUCAGCAUCAGAAUGGUCCUCCUCCUCCUGGGCCCUACGCACCCCCUUAUGAGCCGCAGGCUCCUCCCCAAUAUGGUGCCCCACCUUAUGGGGGUCAGGGGCCGUAUCCGCCGCAACCCCAACCUCCAUUUCAACAACAACCCCCAUAUGGAGGGCAACCGCCCUACGGAGGGCAACCACCUUAUGGCGGACAACCACCUUAUGGAGGACAACCACCUUAUGGAGGGCAACCACCCUACGGAGGGCAACCACAGUACGGUGGACAGCCACCUUAUGGUGGACAACCUCAAUACGGGGGGCCUUAUCAGCAACCCCAGCAAUCUUCCCAGGAUGAUGACUGUUGCAAGUGGUGUUGCGGUCUAACCUGCCUUUCUUUGUUGUGUUGUUGUUUAAUGAACAAUGAUUAA